AAUGAGUUCCUUGCUGUUACAGUGCAAAUAAAGCGAGAUAACGGGCCGAGGAUAGCGGGCUAAAACUUUUUAUUCUGACAUGUUGAAGCAAUGACUUUUGUGUAAGUAUAAACCUGGGACAGGGAUCCCAGCGGAUGAAUAGGGUCUGUGCUGGAAGAAGAGAGAGAAGUGCUCAUUUUUGGGUGUGGAGAACCGGACGGCGCAUUCACAGUAGAUUCAGAACAAGUUUGCCUUUCCCAAAAGUAACAGUGGAAGAGUAAAAGUUGCAACAUGAGCUUGUUGUCUGCAAUAGACACCAGUACAUCGGUGUACCAGCCUGCACAGCUUCUCAACUGGGUUUACCUUUCUUUACAAGACACACAUCAGACGAGUGCCUUCGAUGCUUUCCGACCCGAGCCCAACUCGUCCCAUCCGGAUCUGAACUACACCAAAACCCCUGCCAGUGAACUGAGCUCCUCUCUCAACUCCAACUAUCUCAACAAUCUCUUUCAGCUGCAGAGGAAUGAGGCCCUGAAUAAUGGUUUAUACAAAAGCGUGUCCCCAUAUGGCUCUCUCAACAACAUAGUGGACGGGCUGAACUCUUUAACGGACCACUUCUCUGACCUCUCCCUCUCCUCUGAGCAACGCAAGCCCAGCAAGAGACCUCCACCAAACUACCUGUGCCAUCUCUGCUUCAACAAGGGACAUUAUAUCAAAGACUGCCCUCAGGCCAGACCCAAAGGCGAAGGAUUGACUCCAUAUCAAGGAAAGAAGAGGUGCUUUGGUGAAUACAAAUGCCCUAAAUGCAAGAGGAAGUGGAUGAGUGGAAACUCCUGGGCCAACAUGGGACAAGAAUGCAUCAAAUGCCAUAUCAAUGUUUAUCCCCAUAAACAGCGUCCCUUAGAGAAACCCGAUGGCCUGGACGUUUCUGAUCAGAGCAAGGAGCACCCACAACAUCUGUGCGAGAAGUGCAAAGUCCUGGGCUACUACUGCCGUCGCGUGCAAUAAGGAGGUUUCCUGACGUCCCCGUCGUCUUAUUUCUUCCCCCCUUCUUCCCUUUUCGCUUAGCCUACCCAAGCACUCCGAGAAAAAGUGAAAAGUGCCAAAAUAAUGUAAAUAUGUUUAGCUAUAGUAACGGCUUUGUGUAUCAGCAGCAUGCAUUGCAUUUAUCGUUUAUAUGUGUAUAAUGGACAAUUGAAUAUGUUUGGAAGAGUUGUCACUGACAGUAUUUGUAUCCGUACCGGGCGCAGUGGAUUACCUCACCGUUGCGUCCUCAGAUCGUGUGUGUUUACAGACUUUCCCUUCAUUCUCCUUGCUGAGUGAACUUAUGAGGACGUGUAGCGCCAUGUUAAUUCACUCAGACAAGGGCCCGUGUGCCUUUUACAGAGCUUUGGGUCAAUAGCACAUCAUAUUAACUGUGAAUUAACAGAGGGAUAAUGGACUUUCCAUCCCUAGCUUUUGUGUCACAUAUUUAUUUAUGUUUGUAUACCGUAUCGUAGUGCAAUUCAAUUUACUAAACUGGGAUAAUCUGUGUUUAUAUACAGACAGAUAUUGUCUAACCCCACCUCUUGCCAUUAGAAACUACUGUAGAAUAGAAUUGUCUAAUGCUUGCGUCAGGUAGUUUUUUUCGAUGCUAGAUAGUCGGCUCAUCAAGUUGUUGGCAACUAUGCAAAACUCAUGACAGCUUACGCAGAUUCAUCAAUUCCUAUUGUCUGUACGUUUUAUGAAGUGUGUGGAUGAUCAAAACAAAGCCAUGGCUAGCCGAUUUGUAAAACUGAGCAGAACUACCAUCACCGUCCUUUGAAAUGUGAUCGCGCACGUUGUAAAUUGUUGCCAGAGAACUGCUUUGAUUGUCUUAGGAACCCAGGUAAAGCUCAGUUUUUUAGUACAGGGUCAAACUGAGCUUUUUGGUCCAUAUGCAACCGAUUAAAACCGGUCAUAAAUCGUUCCUUAACAUGACACCUGUUGCCUCAGGAUGAAGAGUGUGUUUGAAUAACACAUGAUGAACCAUGCCUCCUUUAUGAAACUCUAUAUUCAGGCCUCACUAUAUUAUAAGCAAACAUUCAUUUAAAAAAAUUCACAAUCUUUAAUUUGACACGAGACCCUUGCACUAAAAUUUCUCCUGUUUACACGUUUCAGAAAUGAAAUUCACUUCGAACGCCUUUUUGGCAUUGUAUAUGUUUUUAAAGCAUUGCCUAACCCGACACGAGUGUAUGUUUAUACAGUACAUUAGUUGCGUAACUCACAAGACGAUUUACACCCUGUUGAAACUGUGAUUUUUUUUAAAGCAUUUUCUAUCUGGGUGGGCAAUGUAUAUUUGUAAAGGGAAAGAUGGUAAAGUAAGUAAUUUUGAAGAGUCUAUGGAGAUGACACUUUGGGUACAUUUAUUUGUUUUGGAGAGCACUGAAAGCGAUGGAAACAAUUGAAUGAAGGAAUAGGAUAAAACAGCUCAUCUAGGUGUUGUUUACCUCUUGUUAUGGCUUACGUGAAGUACUAAAACCCAGGAUCAUCUAAUAUUAAUGUUCAGAUGGUAAAUCGAGCGAUCUUUUUUAUGAAUACACUAGAUGUACAUAUAAAAACACAUUUACAUGGUAAAUACAAUGUGUAUAAUUGUUUACUUAACUUUGGAGUCCACAUAUUUUGUGUUGUCGGAAUAUUAGUUAUUAAUCUGAAGGGAAUGUCUUUAGUGCCUUAGUUGAGUAACUCGGUCUAGUUUUUAGUUGCAGAUGUCACGUUUGAUACUGUGGAAGCGAAUGGUGGGAUGCUUAAAAUAAUAAACAGCUCAUUUUUGGUUUUGUUGAUGGUAAAUUUAGUGAAACAAUCAUCCAGGGAGUCGAUCAUUAGAUUUCAGUUUUGAAAAAACAAGGAAAAGUUGCUUCUUUGAAGGUCAUUAUUGUUUCUCAGAGCCUGUAUUUCUCGGUAACUGUAUUUAUCACAAUGUUCUGGCAUUGCUAAUGGCUCCGCUGUGUGUACGUUCCUAUGCGCCAACGUUUACUUCAAGCCUCAUUUCAGCUGGAAUGAGUAAUUCUGCUUUUUGAUAAACACCGUAAUGAAUGGCGUAAUGAAAAUAAGCAUAGAAAUGAACGAUUGCUGUGGAUUUAUCACAAUCCUUUACGCUUAAUGGUUUCAUUGCAUCAUCGGGAUCAAUUUAAUUCAUCGUCAGUUCUGUAAACCUGAGAGCACCACUAUAGCAAGGCUUCAUUAUAAAACUUAAAUAGUUCAUAGUUGCGUUGCACUAAAUACAAGACUGAUCUCUGAAUUUCCUCAUUGGCUUUAAUGAAACAGGCCUGAGUUUUGUAAAUGUUGAAUACAGAUACACGAAUGGAAUAUUUGUUGCGAGCUUUCUGUGACGUUUUAGUUUUCUAUCAUUUCGUCUCUGCUUUAUUGAACGAAAGACAGAGCUUGUGGUAUUAAGAGUGUAGAUGCAUUUAAAACUAAAGCUUUUUGCGCAUGUGUUUUUGUCUUGAAAUACAUAUACUUGACUUUUAUAGCUCACUUUCAGUAUAAACGUGUUAUUUUCUAUUAAAGGUAUGUGUAUUUUGGAAACAAUAUAGAGAUUUUGGAGCAAUAUGAUAUCCAAGUUUUUCCCUUAAGAGAGAUACAAGUGUGUUUUGUGUAUAUAUUCGAUGUUCCAUCAUUAUCAAAAUGUUAUGAUGCAAUAUUAAAACAUUGUAUGUGAAAAAGGGCAAAAUUGCUGAGAUGCAAAAGAGCUGGGAUUUUUUUCCUUUGAUGUUUUACAGUAAUCUUUGGUUAUAUCCUAUACAGAAAUAUUUAUGGAAGGAUUUUUGAUUUUCUUUUUUAACAAUUUAAUUCUUUUGUAUAAAAUAUGCAACGAAAGCUACUCUAUGAAGAAAAUAUUGAUGAUGACUACAUAGAAUAUUAUUCAAAGGUUGGUACAUAUUAUGCCCUUACAAGCCAUUUUAUUUGUGUUUGUUAUUCUAGAUGUUAUAUACUGUAGAUCUAUAGUAACCUUACCCGUUACAUGUGCUUAAACAUGUUUGGGAUCUUUGUGUGUCUGCUAUACAGCAUGAAUGUUUUGAUUUGCAGUUAUAGGAAACACUUUGUUUAAACAUUAUGUAUAUGCAAAACAGUGACAAAAGAUGUGACUAACACCAGUGAUUGGCCAUAACACUGAAUUUCGAAAUCUUUUACAUGUAUUAAAUAUUACAUGAAACUGUGAGCUUUAGUUUGUCACGUCUCCAGUUACUACCAAGAGAUCUUUAUCUUCAUAUGUCAAAAUUGAAAAAUUUGGAGAAAUCUAGUUUUCAAAGAAGUAUCUGGGACUGAAGUUUGCAUGUGCAUGUUUUUUUAAUGAUUCAAGAACUAUCAUCUGUGCAAUGUAUUCUUAUUUAAUAUAAAGACAUGUUUAGUUCCUGGUAAGAUAUUGUAGAAUACACCUAAUUGUUAGUGCCUCUAUUCACUGCUAGUAUUUGCAGUAUCAUUAUUAAAUGUACUGAAUGUACUGAUUUAACUCUCAUGUGACAAACUCAUGUUUGUAAAGUCUGUAAAAUAUUUGUCAUCCUAUUGAUCAUAUUGGAUUGGACAGAGUAACAAAGAUUUGAAGGAAAGUAAGAUGAGCUCAAAUCUGUUGUUCAGUGUCCAUGAAACGGCAUUCCGAUAUGUGCCUUAUUUGUUAGUUAUAGGAAAACUGAAGACUUUGUGCCUUUAGAAGUUUGUUCAAUAAAAAAAAAUGACUAAAUUAA